ACUCUCAGUCCCGUCACCAAGUGUUUGUGUAUCUGGCUCUUGGCAUCGCCUGUUAUGGACGGAAGGUAUGUAAAAUUGGUAGUUGCAACGUAACGCAAAUACUGUUCUGUGAUGACUGCUAGCUACGGCACUCGGAAUUUGGAAAAAGUAUCGAGUAUUUACAUAUGUUGCUCUUAUCAAAGCAGCAGAACUAUUAUCAGCACAUUCCUAAUUAGAAAAUUCAAUAAUGAUCUUUUGUAAUAAUUUUCGACAGAAACUUAGUUUUAUUAGGUUAAGAUCAUUUUCUUCCUUGGUCCAAUCGAAAGCUUUUAUUGAUGGCAAUUGGAUUAACGCUGGUAAUAACCGGACAUUCGAUGUCAUUAAUCCCGCAAAUGGCGUCGUGGUUGGAUCCGUUCCUAACAUGGACGUCAAUGAUGCUACUCAAGCAGUAAAGGCUGCGAAAAAAGCAUUUGAAUCAUCCGAGUGGUCCAAAUAUACAGCCAAAGAACGUUCGAGUUUGUUAAAGAAAUGGUAUAAUUUGAUUGAGCAAAAUUCCGAUGAAAUAGCAAAAAUUAUGAGUGCUGAAUCAGGAAAGCCCAUACAUGAAGCUAGGGGAGAAGUGACAUACGGCAAUGCAUUUAUUGAAUGGUUUGCAGAAGAAGCACGUCGUAUUUAUGGCGACAUUAUCCCAAGCCCAGUCAAAGACCGAGAAAUAAUUGUACUCAAACAACCGUUAGGGGUUGCAGCUCUUAUAACCCCCUGGAACUUUCCAAUGGCAAUGAUUACUCGAAAGGCCGGAGCAGCCUUGGCAGCAGGUUGUACAAUUGUCAUCAAACCAGCCGAGGAUACACCACUUACAGCUUUAGCGCUUGUAAAAUUGGCGGAAGACGCUGGGUUUCCGGAUGGAGUGAUUAAUAUUGUGACAACAGACAAAGCGGUUCCUAUAGGAGAAUUAUUUUGUAAGAGUCCGGAUGUUAAGGGAAUAUCCUUUACCGGAUCCACAGAAGUGGGAAAAUGGUUGUUUCGAAAUUCAUCAGACGGAAUUAAGCGCUUAUCAUUGGAGUUAGGUGGAAAUGCUCCAUUUAUCGUCUUUAACUCGGCGAACUUAGAUAAAGCGGUGGACGCAGCAGUGUCAUCAAAAUUCCGUAAUUGUGGUCAAACUUGCAUAUCAGCGAAUCGUUUUUUCUUACAGGAAGAAAUACAUGACAAGUUUAUAAACUUGUUAAAGCAGAAAGUUGAAGCAUUAAAAAUAGGCGAUGGUUCCAAACCUGAUGUUCAAAUUGGACCACUUAUUAAUGACAUGCAAUUUAACAAGGUUCACGCAUUAGUUGAAGAUGCCCGUUCAAAAAAUGCUAAAGUAAUAUUUGGUGGUACACCUCUGGAGAAAGUAGGAAAACUCUUCUAUUCACCGACAAUAAUAACAGAUGUACCAUCAACCGCUAAGCUAUAUACGGAAGAAGUUUUUGGACCGGUGGUUUCUGUUGUAAAAUUUAAAACUGAGGAAGAGGUUAUACAGGCUGCUAACAAUUCAAGACGUGGUCUCGCUGGAUAUUUCUUCAGUGAAAAUUUGCAACAAGUUUUUAGAGUGGCAAGACUCUUGGAAGUUGGCAUGGUGGGUGUCAAUGAAGGCUUAAUAUCUGCUGCUGAAGCACCAUUUGGAGGAGUUAAAGAGUCGGGUAUAGGUCGCGAAGGUAGUCAUCAUGGUAUCGAUGAAUACGUCGAAAUCAAAUAUGUGUGUAUGGGUAAUUUAAAAUAUUGAAAGUAAUUGUAAAAAAAUGUAAAAACAAACUUUGUUGUAUUA